AUGGCGGCCACACUCUCCACUGGGUCGCCAAAGCUAGGCAAGAAGUCUUCUGCCAAUUUUGUCAUUCUUGACCAGUACCAAGAUGAUCAGAAGGAAACACCACCAAGCUCGGCUUCUCAAGGCAGUGUUUCCGGAGCGGGUCCAGCUCCGCUGCAAUCUAGCAUGCUCGUCAACACUCAGGGAAAGAUCAGCACCACGAGAGUCACACCUGAGAAUAACGGCAUCCCUAAGCAUGACGACCCUGCUUACGUGGAAAACAUCCUUGAUCGCAUGAAUGAGAUGCAGGUCAGAGGCAAACAAGAGGGCGCUCGAUCCACUUUGACCAAAGAACAGGCAAAGAAACUCAAGGAAAAGUUGAUUGCUGAUCUCCAGGUGCAGAACGGAGAAGUGAAGAAGCAAGAGCUUGACAACAAAGGACAGUCUGGGCCUAAUGUUCAAAAUGAACAAGACCGAUCUUCUGCGUCUGACCCUUUCGCUCAGGCUACUGAAUCUUUCCGCAUGGUAUCACCCGUUGAUGUAAAGGAGCCGAACACACUGAAUCUGAAUGGCGGUGACAUUCUUCGUGUCCAGCAAGAACUUGCAGCAGCAAAGUCUGUCAUCACACGACAGGAACAAGAGCUUGCGGAAUCCCGAAAUCUCCAGCAUACCAUCGACCAAGCUAUGGGUCCAGCAUCUGAGGCAGACUUUGGCGACCGUGGUGAUAGGAACGAGGCAACCAUCAACCAUCUUCAGGGACCAUUCAAUGCCAAUGCUCGACCUUUUGCUGCUCGUCCUGACCCGUGGCACCCUCGAGAAGACUAUCGCUCUGACAACAUCGAUGGUGUAGCUGCGGGUAACUACAACCGUGGUCGUGGCAACUGGAAUGGACCAAACCAGCCCACCUACGGCACAAAUAUUCCUCAACCAUUGCCACAGCCGACCAAUAUCAUGGAUAAUCGCAACACGAUGGGAGCAUGGCCAGCUGUGACAGGAAUGCAAGCGAAUCAAGGAGCCAUUCCUGCAAGUCAGCGUGUCUUCUCUGGUCCAACUCUGCCCACAUAUGGCUUUGAAGGUCGUUUCGGUUUUGGUGAUGACAAUGCUCGAUUCAAUGCUGGCGGCGACAUGGGGCGUCGUACAGCAAGCCAGUACAACCGCCCGACCUCCGGUUACAACAAUCGAGCAGGUCCAUUUGGUGUCAGCCUUGGUACAGCAAUUCCACCCGUUCCCACAUCUGCCAUGAAUUCGUUGGGGUUCAGUGGUCCUCUUGGAUAUCAGCCUCGCCCUAUUGGGUCACCAUUGUCUCCAACUGCGUCUGACUUCAGCACCAUUCCGAACCUGGGGAAUGCUUGGUCACAGACGAACAGCACAGUUGGUCAGACCUAUGUUACUCCCCUCGAGCCCAUGAACUAUCGUCGUCUACUUGACAAGUCAGUUUCCUGCGACUGGAAAUACAUUGUCGACAAAAUUGUUUGCAGCAAUGACCAGCAGGCUUCGAUCUUCCUUCAACAAAAGCUCAAGGUUGGCACUGCGGAGCAGAAGUUCGAUAUCGUCGAGUCAAUCGUCAACCAAGCUUACCCACUCAUGAUUAACCGCUUCGGUAAUUUCUUGGUCCAGCGCUGCUUCGAGCACGGCACACCCGACCAGGUCACUGCAAUCGCCAAUGCUAUUCACGGCAACGUUAUUUCCCUCAGCAUGGAUGCUUUCGGUUGUCAUGUUGUUCAGAAGGCAUUUGAUUCUGUUCCGGAAACUCACAAGGCUGACAUGGUCCGUGAACUCCUUCGUCGCAUUCCUGAGACCGUCAUCCAUCGCUAUGCUUGUCACGUCUGGCAGAAACUCUUUGAGUUGCGCUGGAGUGGGGAGCCACCUCAAAUCAUGCUCAAGGUCAACGAGGCUCUUCGUGGUAUGUGGCACGAGGUUGCACUGGGCGAGACAGGUAGCUUGGUGGUCCAGAAUAUCUUCGAGAACUGUCGCCCUGCCAUUGAAGAAGUCAUUGCCAGCAUUGAUCUUAUUGCUCAUGGCCAGUUCGGAAAUUGGUGUAUCCAGCACCUGUGCGAGCAUGGCUCUCCACCUGACAAGCGCCGUGUCAUCGACCACAUUCUUGCCAAUGCUUACAGCUACAGCAUCGACCAGUUUGCUUCCAAGGUCGUGGAGAAGUGCCUCAAGAUCGGUGGUGUCGAAUUCAUGGACCGUUACCUUGGUGUUGUCACGACUGCCCAUCCUGAUCGUCCUCGCAUUCCCCUCAUUGACAUCUCUGGUGAUCAGUACGGCAACUAUUUGGUCCAGUGGAUCCUCAUGAACACUCACCACCACCAACGUGAGCAGGUCGCCAACCACAUUCGCAAGCACAUGGUCUCCCUUCGUGGCUCCAAAUUCGGCUCUCGUGUUGCAAUGCUUUGCUGUAACCCGGCCUCCAUCACUCGUCCUGGUCCCGGUGUCAUCGUCAAUCCUUUCGGCGCACCAGGCCAGCCUCGUGGCGGUGCUUGGGGUCGCUACCGUUAG